UCUCUUUGACCCAUGAGAUUUGACGGCAUGCUCAAGUGACGUCUGCUUUCAGGGCUCGGAUUGUGCCAUGCGUCCCGGGAAGCGCCGGAUGCCUGUUUUUUUAGUGGAGUGAACUUGUUUCGUCUGUAGCGCAGUGUCGAUCCUCUUGAUUUUUCUGGCGUGAUCUCUGUGUUUACAGUCGCGCUACCCAGCGGAUCAUUGCGCACCUGACGCGCUCACUAAAGCGAUUGUUUAAUGAAUGAGCGGGGUACCCGAGAGGGCGAAACUCGCUUUUUCAUUCUGCUGAAGGAUUAUACCGUGCCCGACCUUCAUUGCGGAAAACACAGUCGGAGACUGAUGUGAAAGCCGGCCGCUGAAGUACGUGCUCCCCGAGCCUUGAUCCAGUGGUUGGCUGUUGUCAUCAUGUCUGUCCACAUAGUGGCCCUGGGUAGUGAAUGUCCGGGGGGUGCAGGGCCUGGGGAGGAGACAGCCAGCCCGGGGCAGAUCCAAGGUGGCUUGCUGUGGAGUUACCUGGGCCAUGGAGCUCGAGAACUGGACCCAAACUCUGUGACACCAUCAAGGCAUCCCCUGAACCCUGCUUUUAUGGAGUACCAGUCAAGAGUGUUUGGGGAUGUUAGAGUGAUGGUGCGAGAUUGCCCUAGUUGGGACCUUUUGGAUAGUGACUGGGCGAGUGUGCGAAGCAUUCUGGAGCAGGCCGACAUCGUGGUCAUUAAGUACUCUGUGAACGACAAACUGGCCUUUCAGCAGGUCCGAAAUGGUUAUGCCCCUAGACUUCGCCCUCUUCUUCGACACUGGGGCUUGCCUGUGAUUCUGGUUGCCAUGGGGGCAAGGCUAAAUGAUGAAGGGCCACCAUGCACAUGCCCUCUGUGCGCGUCAGACUGGAGCAGCUGUGUGCCGCAUAGUGAGGGGCUGCAGCUGUCCAGGGAUCUGGGGGCCACUUACCUGGAACUGCCCUCUCUAAACAACUUUUUUGUGGGUCGUUACUUUGGAAGUGUGCUGGAAUACUUCAUGAUUCAGUGUCUGAAGCAGAAAGCUAAAGAGCGUCCGGACAAGCGACGAGGACAGAGGUUUAACGAGCCACACCCCCCUCAUCUGGACCAGCCAGCACGUCUUCCUGCAGUGAGAGUAGAGGAAUCCAGCUUCUCUCAAGACCUGCAGUGGUUGCUCGAACGUGGCGUUCAGUUUGCCGAUGUGGCAUUCUACGCGGCCGAAUCUGGGAAGGAGCUGGGUUGGGCGCAUGCAUCCGUGCUGUGUGCCGUCAGCCCCUAUUUCAGACAGCUGCUGGUGGGACGGCAAGCCUGGGAAAGACCUCUCUCGCGUUGCACCUGCAGGGACAGAGAUGGCCCGCACUCUCUUUUGUCCACCUGGGAUGGAGGUGUGGAUGAUCUGCCCAGAGCGGAUGGGCACCCUCCUGGACACCUAUCCCGGCUGGUUGUGAAGGACACGCUGCUGUCUUUAUGCCUGUGGGAGACCUUAAUGUUUCUUUACAGAGGGGCCUGGGAAUGGGAAUACCUGGAGGAAGCCAUCGCUGAAAAACUGAAGAACCCUUUGGCUGUAGCCCAGCUGAUGGACAGAAUUCGCUCAUUCGUCGGUAGAGAAAAGGCCCCCAGGGACACUCCCACAUCCCGCUCUCAACAAGGUCCUCUGACACUGGGCAGCCUCUUUAAUUCUCCUCUAUACUCUGAUGUGAUCUUCAUGGUGCAAGGCAACGUGUUGCCAGCACACAGAGCUGUGCUUGUAGCUCGGUGUGAUGUUAUGGCUGCCAUGUUUAGUGGGAAGUACGCAGAGGCACGAAGUCGUGUGGUGCCAAUCCAUGGAGUCUCGUCAGACACCUUCAUAGCUUUCCUAGAGUACCUCUACACUGACACCUGCUGUCCAGCCAGUGUGAUGCAGGCCAUGGCUGUGCUCGUCUGCGCAGAGAUGUACCAGGUGAAACGGCUGCAGCACCUGUGUGAGGUGUGCAUCUGUGCAUACCUUCAGAGUAUGCCCAGUCGAGAGCUAGCGUCCACGGGCAUCAGCGUGAUUCGCUUGCUGAAAAGAGCAAAGUGUCACAAUGCUGAUCAGCUUUAUGUUUGGCUCCUUCAUUUCAUUGCCAAUAACUACUUGAUCUUCAGCCACAAGCCUGACUUCCAGGAGCUAUCAGACGAGGAGCGUGAGCAGGUGGAGCGACUGCGCUGGCCCUCCAGAGGUUAUCUACAGGAGCUCAGCGAGUACCAGCAACGCAAAUGGCAGGUCCGCAAGUCUCGCUGCAGCAUCAUGUGACCCUUUCUUGACGCCCU